AUGAGCAGCACCGCCUUGGCCAACUGCUACCACCCGACGACGCAGCACUUGCCAAAUUGCAAUCGCUCUAGCUGUAGUCGUCCUGUUACUGGCAGCAGGGGCCCGACCCAUUUCGCGGGACCUCAUCGCGCUCUCCCGCCUCUUCUUGCCGAGUGCACCCAUCUCCUCCAAUUCAAGCAAAUCCAUGCCCACAUCCUCAAGACAUCGCCCCAUCAUCAGCAUCAUCGGACCGACUCCGGCCUCACCCAGCUCGUUCUGUCGUUGCUGGGUCCGGGGUCAGGCCACGCCCACCUGGAUUAUGCGGGCGCCCUGUUCGAUCAGGUAGCCCAUCCAUCCGCCUUCCUUUGCAACACUCUGUUGAGAGCCUGCGCUCUUCACGGUCUGGGCAGCCGAGGGAUCCGGGUCUACCAUCAGAUGAUGCUCCGGGACGUGGACCCCGACGCCUACACUUACCCGUUUCUUCUCAAGGCUUGCUCCGAUCUUGGCCAAGGGAAGGGGGUCCACUCCCUCGUCCUCAAGCACGAUGUGCUCAGCUCCCACCUGCACGCCUUUGACUUCUUUGGUCGCCUUCUACUGCAGAUGCGGUGA